AAGCAAAUUCAGAUUCAUAUGAUAGUAGUUCAGAAGAAGAAAUUUCUGUACGUUUAAAUAAACUUGAAAAAGAAAUAGCUACAUUAUCUGGUAUUAAUCAAAAAAAAAUUAUUAAAAAAUCUGAAAAAAUAUUUAAAAUUAUUAAUGAACAACUUAUUUAA